AUGAGUACCUCCGCGGCCAAACCAAUCCAACAGUACGGCCUUACAGAAGUCUAUUCUGCAACCAAUCCUCUUGUUGACGUUGUCUUCGUCCAUGGUCUGAACGGCCAUCCCCACAAUACCUGGUCCACCACGAAGCCCGAUGUCUUUUGGCCUGCCGACCUUCUUCCUGCUGCUCUCGAAGACCAAAGACCCCGCAUCCUGACCUACGGCUACGAUGCGAAUGUUACAGCCUUUACAGAUGGUGUCUCCAAAGACAAGAUACACAAUCAUGCUGAGCAUCUGGCAAGCCGAUUGGUAGCCAACCGGUCGUUGAGGAAAGCACAAGAGAGACCGAUCAUUUUCAUUUGCCAUUCCCUCGGAGGCUUGGUCGUCAAGAGAUGCUUGAUUUAUUGUAAUAGUAUUCGACAUCAUCAGCACACUGAACGACUGAGGUCUAUAUAUGUCUCAACUUAUGGCAUCUUGUUUCUAGGAACACCACACAACGGCUCUGACCUGGCGAAAUGGGGUUCCCUCCUGGAAAAGAUCUGCUCUGUCGCCCUGCCGAGGAAAUUCUUCGAUUCCUCACCCCAGCUCGUCAAAGCCUUGAAAACCAACAAUGAAACUCUGCAGAACAUCAACAGGCUGUUCAUCGAAAUCAUUGGCCGUUUCCACAUCUACUUUUUCCAUGAAUCAAAACCCACCGACCUCAAGGGAACCAGAGAAUUUGUUGUCGAGGAAGAUUCAGCAGCACCGGUCAUUGAAGGAGUCGAUCGAAUGGGAAUUGAAAAGGAUCAUAGUCACAUGUGUAAGUUCGAAGACGAAUCAAGCCCGGGCUAUGAUGUCGUAGCAGAAGCCGUUCAGAGAUAUUCAGAAGAAUCCCAAUCACGGAUUAGAUCUAGAUGGGAAGAAGAAAAAAGAGUUUCUGAGUUUGAGCGUCAAGCAGCUGCACGUGAAUUGCUGGCUGGAUCAGAUAGCAUUUUUCAGAUGAGUGCACGAACAUCCGGCAAUGUGACUCCAUUGCCUCCUAAUUCAAGCAAUCAACCAAGUUCAAUGAGUGCGCAUCCUCCUCCCAAACAGAUCUCUGGCCCUGCUUCACCCACUUCUACUGGUUCCGUUCAAACAGCCGAGAAGCAGCAGUCGUUGUCCCUUUCGACUGGUCUCUUGCUUGUUGCUCCUGUUGGAUUUCGACCGAAUUCGAUGUUCUACGGCUUUCAACUCGAAUUGGACCAAUUGGAACAGAAAUUGUCCAAUCAGAAAAGGAGGGUCAUAGGGACAUGUGCCGUCCUGUUGUGGGGUUCGCCAGGUUCUGGUAAAAGUCAGAUUGCUCGAGAGUAUUUGUGGCGCCAUCGCAAUAACUAUCCUGCCGGUUGUUUCUGGGUUGAUUGCAAAAGUCAUGAGUCAAGAUCGAAGAGUUUUUGGGAGAUUGCUCAAGCCGUUGCCAUCCUUGGAAUCGACCACCCACGAGACUCCGCCUGGGAUGAGUGCUCCAAAUUUGUUGAUUCAGUACGCAGGUGGUUUGAAUCUCAAGAGGGCUGGCUCCUCGUUUUCGAUGGGGUGACGACGGAUAAUGAUGAUGACAUCCAAGCGUUCGUGUCCUUUAUUCCCGACAGGCCUGGAAACAGUAUAAUAUAUACUUCGGUCGAUCGCACAUUGGCAAAACGACAGCGAUUGCUAAACCCAGCUGGCAUCAAAGUCUUCCCGUUAUCGCAGUAUGAUGCCUGCUGCAUUCUUUACAAGAACCUGGGCAUCAAGGAGCCGACUCCAGCGCAAGCAAAGAAAGCCACCCAAUUGGUGAAGCACUACGAAUGUCUCCCUCUUGCGAUACAUGCCGCUUCUCAUAUGCUUAUUGCAAGAGGGACCUCAUUGGAGAAGUAUUCUCCGGGUGUUUCUGAUCAUCGCUUAGCCGAUCCUUUCCUUGAUAUUAUGUCGGCACUCCGAGACCAUAUGCACCCAGAGGCCGUCAAUCUAGUCACCAUUCUUGGAUUCUUCGCUCAUGCCAUCCCAGUGGCGUUGUUACGGUUCGGUAUCCCAGCGUUGCAGGACAUGGGCGUUGAAAUUAGAUCGGUGGAGAGUAUUGGGAGCAUGAAAAAGGAGCUGGACAACACAAUAGCAAUUCUCAUUCGCUAUGGCCUAUUGGAACGAACACUGUUGGAAUACUCGGUGUCGUCUCCGAAUCGAUCUUCUUCCCCGGAAAUGUACAGACAUCGCGCUUCCACCACUAGUACCUUCGGGUCAAAUCGGCAGUUGCAACUGAUCAGGGACGAUUCUAGCAGUCUUAAGGGUAUGCUUGAGCAAGCGAAGGGCGGAGGGGAGGUGUCGUCUCAAAAUUCCAUCACUUACAGCAUCGAUAUUCUGCGCAUUCACAGUGUGGUACAAGGUGUUCUUCGUGAUGAGCUGAAAUUCCGCUUUGCAGACCAACCUGAUCAGUACUGGUGGUGGCUUGGUGUAGCCUCAAGGUUUCUUUGUCACUCCUAUGCAGUUGCAGACGAGAAGAUUCGGUCCUCAGAAGGGCGUGGGCUGGUGCGUGAUUAUCGCGACUACGAGACACAGGCCGCACGACUUUGGUCGCAUUUUCCCAAAUCAGCCCAGGACGCAUCGCCAGCUCUUCGAAAAAUUCGCCACCAGCUGCACGACACUAUCCGCACUAUUAAAAAGGAAAUCCAGAGCCGCUCUCCUUCACACUCCGUGGAUAGCAUUCAUCAUCGAGUCCAAGCUUCAGUAUUUGAAAGAGCGAACAGCACCUCCUCUGAUAGCCCAGAAAGUGACAGUGGCUUGACACGUACAUCGACAUGGACGCUGGAAAACCAUACCGAAUCACCAACACAAAUGAAGCACGAUGGAGACCUUGGUGAUGAAGGUUCAGAUAGCAGUUGGACGGACAGGUGGUCUCAAUCGGGUGUGGGAAAUUCAAGGGUUCUGAUUCCAUCGGGCAAUUCAACCCGACGUCCGAGUGAGUCGGUGAAUUCUCCAGUCGAGACUAGCUCCCGAAGGUCCUCGGUAUUGCAGGCUAUUUUUCAAGGACGACCAUCACUUACGAAGAAACCAAAAGAUCUGGGAGGAUGGAAACCUUUGGUGGCACCUCCGACUCUAUCUCAUGAACAGGCACAGACUCGAUCCAGAGCCUCAUCUUUCACCAGCGGUACAACUGAUAGCCGAGUUGCAAGACCGACCUCAACUGCGUCUGAAGCAUCGGCGGCUCUAGCAGCAGUCCACCGUGCAAGCCCUCCGGCUUCCAGGGGAGGAAGGAUAAAAUCGCCCAGUCGACCACACUCACUGGAUAGAUCUGGUUCCGACGAAGCGAGAUAUCCUCUUUCUAACAGAUCUCCAAACAUCAACCUAUCACCUUUGGCUACCGAAUUUCAUCCCAGCCAAUCUCUGCCUAGUUUUGACUUCUCAGAAGUGUCACGGAGGCACAGCAGACAGCCAUCCUCCUCCCCAAGGCUGGUGCAGGCAGCACUUGCCAAUCAAGCGGCUUCUCGAAUCGUCCCUCUCCAGAUCGAGGAAAAUAUAUCCAUUACGCCCAGAGUGCAAGUACCAACAGGGCCGAGCAGUGCAAGGGCUCCCACAAAGCAAGAUACCAUGGAUCGACUAAUUGCACGAGAUCUACCGUCGGGCUACAUGUCACAGCCAAUGUCGCGCGAUACCUCAAGAGAGUCGAAUCUUUCAUUAGCUACUGCACCUCCUGCAGUCCCGGGAUCAGCAUCUCUUAGUUCAUCGCCGCAAAUUCGAGAGCCCUACCUUUAUAGCAGACCCGGUUUAGCCUCGAUUGAUGUCGUUGCCGCUAACACCUGGACGGACGAGUUGGAUGGUGGGGUUGAGACAGCCAAACACUCUCCACCCACCUCAAGUUUACUGUUUGAUCGCGCAAAUAUCUUCGAGCGAUACCAGGAAAGAUUCGGCAGCAUACAAUUUGGGCAAAUGUCUCCGGUUGAGAUUGAUCAAGCUCGGGCUAGAGUGACAGUCGCACGAGAAAGGAGUGCGGGUACCAACGGGAAGGCGAGGGAAUAG